GGAAAGGCGUCGCUGGCUGGGCAGCCGGAGGAGCCUCGGGGAGCGCGCUUGGCUGGGCGAUGGCGGCGCGGCGGGCGCUGCUGCUGCGCGCCUUGAUCAUGGGCCCGCCGGGCUCCGGCAAAGGCACCGUGUCGGCGCGCAUCGUCCAGCACUUCGCGCUCAAGCAUCUCUCCAGCGGGGACAUCCUGCGCGACAACAUGAACCGCAAGAGCGGUAGGGAAGGAGCAAAUCCUAGGUGCCAACUGCCCGGGGCCCUGGGUGCCCGAGCACCCACGAAAUCCCCCACGAAUGGCACGGGCGCACCUGCGCAUUUCGGUGCCGGGGCCGUGCACGCUGCAGGGCACCCACGGCCUCAGGCUCCCACGGUCCCGGGUACCCACGGUCGCGGGGCCAAGCUGGCACUUGGUGCAAAUCAUGCCCGAGUGAGCCUCACCCCCCCCCCCGCGCGCGCGCGCCUUUCUCCCGGGACUGCAGACCUCGGGCAUCCAAGGGGCCGUUGCAAAAUCAGGAGUGAAUGUUGUUGUUUCCCCCAAAGCAAGGAAGGCUCCUCCAAGGUCAAAUGUGUAGCUUGCAAACAGACUCCUCCCCCCCCCCCGCUGCCUUUUUGCCCCCCCGGCAUAUUGCUGGGAUGCGCCUUUGCAAACUCCACGAGGAAGAGAAGCAGAAUUUGUCGCUUUCUCUCCCCUCCCCCUCUUUCUUUUUUGGCUGCGUUUAUCAUCCUUCUGGCAGGCAGAAACUCGGCAGGUGGGGAGGAUUUCCUUUCAGUGUGGUUGUUGGGACGUUUGCCCUUACUGAGAGCUUCCACUUGUACAAUUCAAAGUGUUGGUGCUGACCUUGAAAGCCCUAAACGGCCUCGGUCCUGUAUACCUGAAGGAGCAUCUCCACCCGCAUUGUUCAGCCUGGACACUGAGAUCCAGCGCUGAGGGCCUUCUGGCGGUUCCCUCAUUGAGAGAAGUGAGGUUACAGGGAACCAGGUAGAGAGCCUUCUCCAUGGUGGUGCCCGCCCUGUGGAACACCCUCCCAUCAGAUGUCAAGGAAAUAAACAACUAUCUGACUUUUAGAAGACAUCUGAAGGCAGCCCUGUUUGGGGAAGUUUUUAAUGUCUGAUAUUUUAUUGUAUUUUAAAUAUGUUGUUGGAAGCUGCUGAGAGUGGCUGGGGAAACCCAGCCAGAUGAGCAGAGUAUAAAUAUUAUUAUAUUAUAUUAUAUUAUAUUAUAUUAUAUUAUAUUAUAUUAUAUUAUAUUAUAUUAUAUUAUUGUAGCUCAAAAAGCUCAACAGCUUUGGCCAACUUUUUUCAAUAAAAUCUCAAUAACCUUGGGUGACCUACCCCCAGAAAGCUCAAAGUUGUUCCAUUUGAUGUUUAAAAGAUGGAUUUCUUAAUUUGGGGUUCAAAAAAAUAGGGGUUGUCUUACACAUGGGGGCAUCUUAUACGCAGAAAAAUACGGUACUGCUUGUUCUGCCAAGGCAGGAGUUCUUCUUGUUAAAUAUCUUGUGUAAAUGGAAGUGGAACGUUGCUGCAGAGCUACUGCUAGCUUUGUAAUUAUCUUUUGUUUUUAAAAUUCAUUUGUUUAAAGUUGCUUCUAUGUUGUAAGCUGCUUUGAGGACCAGGUGGCAGAAAAAGAGAGUAUAUAAAUCUAACCCAGCAUUUAGUUUCCAACAAAAGCUGGUUGAAAGCUUCUUAGAAGCUUGCUAGCAAAGCAUGGAAACAGCAGUCCCGGUUGUUUUAAGUGUGUGGCAUUCAAAGGUGUGCUCAUUCUGGGAUUCCAUUUAUCUUUCCUGGCUCCUAAGUGCUGCUAUAUCUGUCUUCUGUUAUUAUAGUGCUGAAGUUUAAACCCCCAACCCCAGGAUGUCAGAUUUCAGGACUUGAACCUGUCUCUCCAGUAACUAUUUUGAAAGCACACUGGUUAGCUAGUUGCUGUGUUUCUGAGGUGCUGAGACAGUUCAUAAUCUACUUUAGAAAGACCAGGCUUCUGUGCAGCAUGAACCCUGAGAUGGUUUUUGAAUUCCACUCUGUGUUACUUUCCCUUUCUAUACUAAGGGUGAAGCAGCACUGUUUCUUUAAAUAUAUUUUUAUUUCUCAUUUUUUUAUUAUUAUAACCAUUCAAAACAUGUUCAUAAUGCAACAAAGAAACAAUAAUUAACAAAACGGAGAAGAAAAGUGACUGUUCGCAAAGUAUAAAUGUUAAUGCAAUUGUUUCAGUCUUGCAAUGUGGAUGUAUACAGUACAAAAAGUUUGGUGCAUUGUGGAUGUAUACAAGCCCCAGAUUUUACUGCCUUAUCCCUUACAUACCCUUGAGUGUCUGCUGGAUACAAAAAUGGCAAUCAUGGCUCUAUUAGCGCUUUGUAAUUUGCGCUUAAAGGUACUCGUUGGCUUGCUUUGCAUGUAGCACUGAGCCAAAGAAGCAUGCUGGUGUCUACAGUUACAAAAGUCUGGUGCCUGCCAAGUGGUGGAAAAGAGUCCAUGGGGUCUCAGCUACUCACACGGGAUCUGUGUCCCUUUGGAGAAUAGAAGACACGGCGGAGACUGUGGUGCUUUAAGAAAUACGGUUUAUUCAGCUAUUUACACCUUCCGUCUCCUCAUGCUGCCAGGAGCUAAGCUAUGGUUUGGCUUUGUGUUGCAUCCCAAAGCAAGCUUGUGGUUUGUCUUGCUGCUGUAAUAAAUGAAAAUCUGCCCCUAUUCCCUUUUGGGGGAAACAAGAGCCCUUAUAGAGUCCUUUGUAGGUUCUCCAUUGGUCGGAGAAAAUAACGGAGGCCAACCAGAGAAUAUUGAGAAGCAAAGCAGCUGGUAAGCCUGAUCUUUACUGAACUGUUGCAACAGGGUGCCCCCUUCACACGCAGGAGAAGGAGGAGGACCCAGAACCUAGGUGUGCCCGCCCUUAUAUAGACAUUUUAAAUUGCCAUCCCUGGAGUCCAAGACCACCCCCAGAAACAUCAUACAUACAUCACAGAAAGGGUGUAGCUCAAGACUACCCCCCAGACACAUCAUACCUACAUCACAGAAAGGCGGUCUAUAGCAGAAAUCUGAGUGCGUUGUUUAUCUCCUGUUGUUGUUUAUCUCCUGUCUGGCAGGUUACCUGUUAAUGCUUACUUGAUUGGAUACCCUGGGGACCCUGGCCAGUCUUUUGUAAUGAUAAAUACUUAGUUCCUGAGCCAGGUCACAGGCUCACCCUAUUCAUACACAGACAUACCCUUAAGACAGGAUUUGUGAAGGAAAAUACAAUGGGGAAGCUUUUCCAUUUCCCUUUGACUUUGCAGAGAAAACAUUUGGUCAGUUUGGGAGCCAAAAUGGCGUCAUGGCUGUUUUCCUGUGCUGCUUCAGACAUGUGGUUAUAUAUAAGACCUUAAUUUUUUUAUUUCCCUGCAAACAAACAAUGUUUGUUGCUGCAAACAAACAAAGAGGACUGCUCUUGGCUUACUGCUCAUGGUCUUGUUUGCAGGAUACAAAGCACCAGCCCAGGUUCUGACAUAACACCAACCACAUUCGCAGCAAGCCUUGGUUUGGCUUAAUCCUGCAUGCGAACUCUCACCCUUUCCCCCUGCUCUGGCUAGUUAAAAUCUCAUGUGGUGCUGAAUAGCAGGCAACUAGCCCUGUUCAAAUAAACGUUGCUACCCUUUGCAAGUUCAUGAAAGUUAAACAUUCACUUGUAUUGACUCUCAGAAGGCCAACAUGCCUGUCUAUGCAGAUAUCCCUUCCCAGUGCACCCAGUGACUUUACAGGCAAUUCCCCAUGGAGUUUACAACUGACGUGGGAUAAAGUUAAACCCACACCAUGGAUGGAGGGGGAAGGCAAGGCAGAUAUGACACGCAGUUUGUCGAAGAAGUGGACUUUUAAAAUGUAGCGCUUGAGGCCUUGUGCCAAAGAACCGGGGGGCGGGGGAAGAGCUGCUUGGUUGGUACCAUAGAUGUAAGGGUAGAGAUUAAUGGUGGCUGCUCUGGAAUGGUGUAAAGCAAGAUAAUAUUCAGGCCCAAUCCCAUGUGCAUGCACCUGGGAAUACAGCUGUGCUCAAACUUAAGGCACUCUUUUCUCUCAAGGAAUUUUGGACACUGUAGUUUAGCCCUCGCAGAGUUAUAAUUCCCAGCAGCUCUUAACAAACUACACUGCCCAGAGUUCUUUGAGGGAAAGAAUGUGCUUUGAAUGUGUUUUAAAGGUGUAGGGAGUACAAAGUCCUGGUCCCACUGAGAACAGUGAGAUUUUUCUUCUGACACAUGUAGAAUUGCACUGUAACUGCAGUCAAAAUGCAAAGGUUUUAGUUAUGGGAAAUGAGAGAAAAGGAAGGCGAAAGAGAUGUUUAUACUCUUACACAGCGUUCAGAAUUUUCUGCCAUGGGGCCACUUGCGACAAGUGAAAAUGCCUGGGAGGCCUGACAACUCCACCAUCUGAAGGUGCAUGCCUGGGGAUCCUUGGAUUUUGGCUGUUUUUACACACUAGUGUGCAAGUAGAUAAAUAGGUACCGCUCCGGCGGGAAGGUAAACGGCAUUUCCGUGCACUGCUCUGGUUCACCAGAAGCGGUUUAGUCAUGCUGGCCACAUGACCCGGAAGCUGUACACCAGCUCCCUCGGCCAGUAAAGCGAGAUGAGCGCCGCUACCCCAGAGUCGGCCACGACUGGACCUAAUGGUCAGGGGUCCCUUUACCUUUACCUUAACACAUCCUGUAGAAUUCUAUCCAUUGUAUUUUAUCUGCACAAUCAGAAUGAAUUUCAGGAACCCAAAAGUCGUACUGAAAAACCGUCUGCCCCAAAAACGGCAACUAGGCAUUCUGUUUUGGUGACUGUAACCAUGGCUUAAGGAGGCUUUUGGCGCCUAGCUUGUAUAUCUGAGUUUCUAACACUGCUCUUACACUUAAGUUGUCAGAGGAGGAACUGAGGAAAAGAUAUUGCAGGCAAUAGAGACAAUCAGCUGGAGGCAGCUCCAGAAAAAGGGGGACAAGAGAUUUUUUUAAUGGAUCAUUGGCUGGGUGACGCAGGGAGUAAAAUAUUGAAUACAGGUGUGUUCCUAAGGCUGCAGUCUUAAGCCUGCAUGCUGGGAAGUCUGUCUCCUUGAACUCAGUGGGACUUACUAAGUUAAUGUUUUUAGAAUAAAGGUAAGAAUACACACACACACACACACACACACAAAAUGGCAACGGAAAAGAAGAGCUAGUGGACCCCGCUGAGGGAGAAACCAGUCAGAGGGAGUGGCCUUGUUGAGCGAAUACAGGGAGAACACUGGUUGCAGAAACUAGGUUGAAGGUGUUGAGACUGUUGAGCUCAAUGGUGGGCUUGAAGAGUUUGGGAGAUGGGAGAUUUCGUUGAGGAAACUUGAGCCGAUAUCCCUCAAAAUUUCUCCCAUGUCACCUUUUCCUUUAAUUUGGUUUUAAAAAUAUCAGCCAUGCUACUUUAACUUAACAAGGCCUGGCAUGGAAGAGACUGGAAAGAUGAAGAAUUAAUUAGGACUAAUUAUUUUGAAAACAGUGUGUAUAAUGUUUGGAAGAGGUUUGUUGAGCUUGUGCCUCCUUGCUCUCCUCCUCCAUGCACGGCUCUCUGGCAGAGGCCUCACUCUCUAGAAGAGACUUCUCUCCCCUGAUAUUUCUCUACAAGUGCGUCAAAUGAAAAGCAGAAAAUUCAGAAACAACUUUGGGCAAGUUGUGUUGUCCCACGUAGUCUUCUGAUGACUUUUUUGUUGUUUUUGUUUUGUUUACGUCCACAGAAGUUGGUAUCCUUGCGAAGUCCUAUAUUGAUCAAGGCCGACUGAUUCCUGAUGACAUUAUCACGCGUCUGAUGCUCAGUGAACUGAAAAACCUGGAGCAAAACAGUGUGUUGCUGGAUGGUGAGAAUUGGACAGUAGCAUCUCUGGCAGGGCUGUGGAAAGUGCUCUCCCGCCCAUCCUUGCGUGGAUGGAAACUAUGAAGUGGAGAGGAAUUCUGGAAUGUUUGGGGCAGACAUAAGGGCUGCGGCUCAGUGGUAAAACCACUGGUUUGCAGUCAGAAGGUCUCUGGAUCUCCUGGUAGUGCUGGGUGAUAUAUCGAUAUAUCGUCCCAAACCGAUGCUGGUAGACAGCCGCUUCCUAUGUUCCUGAUUCUUGUGGGAUGUGAUACAUAAGUAGCAGUCAAGUACAACAUUCCUUGUUUUCCUAGAGUGGACAUGCGGGAGAAUGUUUGGUCCAGCCAGUCAAAAACUUCCUGUUUCCUCCUGGCUGGGACAUACUUCCUUUUGCAUGUGACUAGAGGUGGGUAUGACCUUACCUGUCCAGCUAACAAAAGGGUAAGUCACGCAGCACACUCCCUCUCUUUGACUUCCUCCGUCGUUGGAGCAGCUUUUUUCUAGAAAUGCUCUGUUGUCUCUCAGCCAACAGAGGACACUGGGAUUAUCCCCAUAUGGGACAGACUCGAAUGUAUAUACUUUGUAACUAAGUCUGCCUUCAGGGAUCCAACUGUGAACUGAUGAUGUGAGUAAACUUCUUUUAUAUACUUUACGCAAGAAUGUGGUGUGCUUAUUCUUUUAAGAGGGAUAUAAGGAAACUUACCAGGAACCUAAUAGAGAGAGGCUUACACAAGCCUGCAACCAGCUAUCUGCUGUGCGUUUAAAAGGGGAAUGUAAAACUCUGCUAAGUAAAGGAACUUGCUAGCGCAAUUUAGGAAGGAUAUUAAUAAACAAUAUAUCCUCUGCUGCCUCCCUGAACAUUCCCACAAUUCUCAGACUUGGGCGGGAGUGAUUGCAUAGCUAUUUCACAAAGGCACCUGAGAUUUCUACAAGGACGUUUCUUUUCUUUGUCACAGGCUUCCCUAGGACUGUUCCACAGGCCGAAGCUCUGGAUAAAGUAUGUCCAAUAGAUACGGUGAUUGACUUGGAUGUGCCUUUUGAGACGAUCCAGCAACGCCUGACUGCCCGCUGGAUCCAUCCUGCCAGCGGCAGGGUCUACAACCUUGAAUUCAACCCUCCCAAAGUCCCUGUGAGUGAUGUUCGUUUCUGGUCCAGCACUGUAGGAACAAAUAUCCCCCCCAACAUCUUUUUUCUGUCUGCCAUUUAAGCAAUGGACUAAACACUUGGGUCACCCUGUAUCUUCUUGCAAAUGCACUAAUAAUCUCUACUGUACCAUAUGGUUAUGAUUGUGCCACGAGUAGCAGUGGAGCUAAAAUAAUUCUUACUAGCUGGGAAUGCUUGAAACUGACAGCGCUCCUGCUUGUUGUUGUUUAGUCAUUUAGUCGUGUCCGACUCUUCGUGACCCCAUGGACCAGAGCACACCAGGCACUCCUGUCUUCCACUGCCUCCCACAGUUUGGUCAAACUCAUGCUGGUAGCUUCAAGAACACUAUCCAACCAUCUUGUCCUCUGUCAUCCCCUUCUCCUUGUGCCCUCCAUCUUUCCCAACAUCAAGGUCUUUUCCAGGGAGUCUUCUCUUCUCAUGAGGUGGUCAAAGUCUUGGAGCCUCAGCUUCAUGAUCUGUCCUUCCAGUGAGCACUCAGGGCUGAUUUCCUUAAGAAUGGAUAGGUUUGAUCUUCUUGCAGUCCACGGGUCUCUCAAGAGUCUCAUCCAGCACCAUAAUUCAAAAGCAUCAAUUCUUUGGCGAUCAGCCUUCUUUAUGGUCCAGCUCUCACUUCCAUACAUCACUACUGGGAAAACCAUAGUUUUAACUAUGGUUGGCAAGGUGAUGUCUUUGCUUGCUAGGGGUUAUUAACUGCAGGUGGGAGAAUCGCUCAGCAUAUUUGUGAUCGGUACUAUUUGGGAAAACAGAGUGAUAAUUAGCUGAUUACUAAAUACCGUUGAUGCUGCAAGUUAGUAAGUGCCUUUGUCAGUCUGCUAUAAAACAGAUGAGCUGGUACAGCCCUGCAUGGGUUCCACUGGUUAAUACAAACUGGCUAUAUGUAUAUUUGUUCCCCUCUGUCUACAGAGACGGGGUGUGUGUGUGUGGAAAUCAGACAAAAGUUUUAUUGUUCAGGUGAUUCCAUGUUUUAAUGUGGUACUGUUUCUUGCAUUCAGCAAUCUCCUUGCUCUAUGUAGGUGGGGCCAGUUUUAUUGUAAUGGCCUAUAGCUAAAUACAAUAAAAUUUGGCUUUACUUGAGCAACAGCACCAGUUUUAUGAGAGCAGCUUUUGAAGUUUAGACUACCUGGUUUGGAAAUAUAAUUUAAUAUGUUCCUGUUAUAAUUUCUUUAGAGCCAUCGAAACAAAAUUCACCGGGUGAGCAGAAUUAAUCCCUUUCACAGUAGAUAAAGACAGAGACCACAUCCACAACAUGCCACUUUAAUAGUCAUGCCUUCUCCAAAGAACCCUGGGAACUGGAGUUUGUUAUGGGUGCUCAGAGUUGUUAAGAGACCCCCUGUUCCCCUCACAGAGAUAGAGUGGCUUAACAAUCCAUCUCUCUUCCCAGGAACUCUUGAAAUUGUCGCCCUGUGAGGGAACAGAGGUCUCCUAAGAGCUUUCAGCUCCCUUAGGCAAACUACAGUUCCCAGCAUUCUUUCCCUAAAUGGCCUCAGCCCAGGAUACCUGAAGGAGCGUCUCCACCCCCAUCGUUCAGCCCGGACACUGAGGUCCAGUGCUGAGGGCCUUCUGGCAGUUACCUCACUGCGAGGAGUGAGGUUACAGGGAGCCAGGCAGAGGGCCUUCUCUGUAGUGGCCCCCUCCCUGUGGAACACCCUCCCAUCAGAUGUCAAGGAAAUAAACAACUAUCUGACUUUUAGAAGACAUCUGAAGGCAGGCCUGUUUAGGGAAGUUUUUAAUGACUGAUGUUUUAAUGUAAUUUUAAUAUUUUGGUGGAAGCCGCCUAGAGUGGCUGGGGAAACCCAGCCAGAUGGGCGGGGUAUAAAUAAUAAAUUAUUAUUAUUAACUUUGGGGGAAGCCAUUACUGCGUAACAUGGCGUAAUUGUGUGCAGGUGUGUCUAGAGUAAAACGGCAUUGUGCCUGAGACUUCUCCUUUCCCAUAACCAGGGUUGUGAUGAUAUUACUGGAGAGCCUCUUGUCCAACGGGAUGAUGACAAACCGGAAACAGUUAUGAAGAGGCUGAAAUCAUACGAAACUGAAACCAAACCUGUCCUGGAAUAUUAUCGGUAAGCUCCUUACAGUCAUACCUUGGGUUAUGAACUGUGGGUUGCGUGAUUUCAGGUUGCGGACUGCGCAGAACCUGGAAUUACCAGAAUGGGUUAGUUCUGGGUUUCAGUGCUCGCGCAGAAGCACAAAAUGACAUCACACGCAUGCAGAAGCGCCGAAUCGCAUCACGUGCGUGCGCCAACACAGCGCUUCAGGCUACGAACGCUGUGGGUUGCGAACGUGCCUCCCGCACAGAUUACGUUUUCAACCGGAGGUAUGACUGUAUUUCAUUAAGCAACUUCUCUCCCUCUCUCUGUUUCCCACACGGUUUGGUACCUGUGGUCCAUGUUCACUCCUGACGGGCCCCUCCAGUGUCAGGUAAUGAUGCUCCUAGCUGCUGAGAGUUGAGGGCUUCCUGAGCAGGAUUUCUAAAGAAACACAUGCUGAUUUCUACAAGUCACAGAAUCCUGAUCUCCUUAGUUUGUUUCUUCCUUUUCAGAUCCUAGAUUGGAUAGGGGAGGGAGUUCUUCUGCAAGGGAGUCCUUGAAGAGGUCCUUCAAGACCUCUGAGACUUAAAAGAAGAACUGUUGCUGGUGAUGUAAAAAUUGGGGUUUUGCUUUUGCAGCCCAGCUCCCCACGGGACUCUGAGUCCCCUAAGUCCAUGAUCGGUAAGAGAAAAAUGGAUGGAGGCUGGAUCCACUGGCAAGCAAGGCAGAUAUUUAUUUUCCUGUUGCAACAGAUUUCCCUCCCUUCCUUUCCAGGAGGAAGAGACCCUGAACAAAAGUACGCAGGAACCUUUAAAGACUUUUGACAUUGCCCAACCCCCUUAGCCAAAGACCAACCCAAAAUUAUCAUUCAUACAUACAUCAUAGGAGACGGUCUACAGCAGAAAUCCUGUCUGUCAGGAUACCUGAUAAUGGUCGCAGAUUGCAUUACCUGGGCAGCUUGGCCAUUCUUUUGUGAUGGUUAAUACUUUAGUUCCUGAAUCCAGGUCACAGGCACAUCCUAUUCCUACACAAAGACCCUUAAGACAGGAUUUAUAAGCGGAAAAGACAAUGGGAAGGCUUUCCCCAUUUGCUUCCCUUACUGCAGAGGAAUAUUUGACGUCACUGGGAGAGUCAAAAUGGCUUCAGGAUUGCUCUCCUGUCCUAUACAUGGUUUAUAUAUUUAGAUACGUGUGCAUUUAUGAAUAUUUAUACUAUAUUUGAAACCUUAGAAUACUUAUAGCACUGGACAAACAUGACUAACGUAUCUCUUGUCUCUUCUGUAGCCGGAAAGGCGUGUUGGAAUCGUUCUCGGGAACAGAGACUAACAAGAUAUGGCCCCACAUCCAUCGUUUCCUUCAAACCAAGCUGCCUGAUAUGAGCCAGAAGGAAGCAUCCACCAACAGAUGAAGGAAGAUCCAUUACUGUACUGAUGGGAUAGAAGCUGGUGGCCUUUGGUUAAGAUUCCAGAAAUAUAUUCUCUAAUCAACAGUAGAAUCAUGGAGACCUGGUGGUUAUUGUUGUUGUUGCAAAUUGAAUGUGCCCACAAUGACAAAUAGCCGACUUGAAAUCUCAAGAAAUGUCCACAUUUGUAACUCUAGUAUUUUAAUUUUUUUUGUCCUCUGGUAUGUUGAUUUUAAAAGUGCUAAUUUUGUAUUAGAUGGACCUGCAUUUUGUAGAAGUAAUUUAAUAUUAAAUUGAUUUUUUAACAAAAUACAGCUGAAGAAUCUCACGGUUUGUCAAAAGGAGGGUCCUGAUCUGAAAUGAAACAUGGAGGAUGCCAUUUUACCCAAUGUGAUUUCAGUAAAAACAUUAAGGCUGUCUGUUUUGGACUCUUAACAUAGUGAUGGGGUAUGUGGCUUUUGGGAAAGAGUAAUCCUCUCGAUGUCCUUUGGGAAUUUCAGUACAAGCCACCUAUAUUUUUAUUUGUUUUAAGUUUUGUAUGGCCACACAGCAGUAACUAUUCCCUGGGUUGCUUACGAAGAAGAUAGUAAAAAUACCAUAGGCCCUAAUUAAAGUCAAUAAGGAAUAAAAACGGCAAAAAACCCCUUUCCUCCUAACGGAUACAGCACAAACAGUUGACACCUUGUACUGAAACCACCCUAUGCCAAAGAUUAGUUUUAAUAACCCAAUUAAAAAGCAUAGGUGAAUAGAAAGGUCUUCCUCUCAUGACCAAAAUACUGCAGAGAGGCUUGCCUGGCCAUAUCUCGGGCUCCACAGCUAGAGAGCCAGGGCAAAAACGGCCUCUCAGAGCUUUAUAGGUUAAAUCCAGCACUUUUAAAUUGAGUCCCGAAAUGAAUCAAGAGCCAGUGCGACCGCAGAAGAGCUGGCACGGUCAAAUAAUGCUCAGCUCCAGUUAAUAUUCUUGCGUCCCUGUUUUGAAGUUGCUGCAGUUUCCAUGUACAGUGGUACCUCUGGUUACGAACUUAAUUCGUUCCAGAGGUCCGUUCUUAUCCUGAAGUACCAUUUUAGCUAAUGGGGUCUCCCGUUGCUGCCAGCGCGCAAUUUCUGUUCUCAUCCUGAGGUAAAGUUCUUAACCCGAGGCACUACCGGGUUAACAGAGUCUGUAACCCAAAAUGUUUGUAACCCGAGGUGUUUGUAACCUGAGGUACUACCGUACGAGGUGUUGCUGUCUAAAGAUGUUGCCAGAGGGUGGGUCAUUAUGGCCAAGCUACCUGCAGCCAGGUGUGGUUGCAACUGGCCUUAUCAGUCCAAGGUGUUCAGUGGUCCAGGGGGAAAAGUAAUUCUUACAACUUCUUACUCAGAAGUCAGGACUGAACUUUGCUUCUCUGAUUCUAAAUACUUUUAUCAUUAUAAAAACCUUCUAUAGGUAUUAGCGGUACUUAGUAAUGCAACCUUGUAAUGCAACCAUCAGGUGGGCAGAGUAUAAAAAGUAAAAUCAUUAUUUUUAUAUUACUAUUAUAUCUCUGACACACUGUCUUGUAGUGCCUGAGUUCAGCAUUUGUACGCUCCUUUAAAUUGUGAAUUGGUCCAGAUUAGAAUGUCUUGUUUUGUUUACACAGCGAAUCCUGCUGCAACACCAGGACAGUUUGCUUGUGUUGCUGUUGUCUUGUGUGUGUUGCAUGCAUACAUGCAGCUUGCUUCACCAGCCCGCAUUGCUGCAAUCCUCCUACUUGCAUCACACCAUCAGACUCGCUGUUUCAUUGUCCUGUACUUUGAACUUUCCACCCCCCAAAAAUAUGUUCGUGGAGGGAUGAGUAAGGAAGGGCAAAGGAGCCCUAACUUUCCAAAUAGCAGGGAGCCAGAAUCUGUUGCCUUUCAGAAUGGCCUUUUGUUGAACUGAUGCACACCCCACAUACCAGGGGAAUGCUGUCAGCUGUGGAGGGCAGGCCCCCAGGGCCAGCACUAGACAAGGAAGCAGCUGCAGAGAGUCAGCAGCCCCCCCCCAACCAAAACUGAUGGACCCUUGCUGGUUUGAAGACGUUUAGAUUUUCCUAGGUCAGGUAAAUUGCUUCCAGCCAGCCAGAAAAGGGGAAAGGGACUUCAGGGACAGAGACCAAAUGCACCCUCCAGCAGUGGCAUAGCAGCAUUUGCUGGUGCCCGGGGCAUGCACCUGGUAGGGACAGGACACAGAGGGUGACUGGAGCCUGCCGUGGUUUGUGCAGCACCGCUUGCCCACCACACAGGGGGAGCCCAGCCAGCUGACACAGCUCUUGGCAGGCAAAUCCCCCUGAUGCCUGCGGAGAGAAGCGACAGGCCGGGCCACGCUGGGGCUGCACCUUGCCCACUUCCUUCUGUUUGUGUCUGCUCAGCAUCUGAGCAAGCACUGGUUGGGCAGCCAUUCAGCAAGGGAGCCAGGGACACGGCGGUGAGGCAAGGCUGGGCACCAGGGCUUCGAGACCACCGGCAGAAGGCGGCGGGGGGAUAUGAGGAUCUCUGCGUGGGUGCACCCGGUUCACCCCCCCUCAAAAUUGUGCACCUGGGGCCACAGCUCCCCUGGUCCCCCCAUGCUAUGCCCUUUCCCUCCAGACCUCUCUCGACUCCUCCUUGGCUGGCUCCACACCCUCUUUGAGUGCUUUUGCCUGGCUCGACUGCAUCCUUGAACUAUGUUCUCAUUUGCCUGGAUAGAGGAUUGUACUGGUUUAUUUGGGGGGGGGUGCAGCCCAUGGACUGCACAAAGGGAAGUUACAUGCAUCGCUCCACCUUCCUUUGCCCCAUCCAUCACAGGCACACAGAACUUGACAGAGCUUAAAAGUUUGCUAUCAAAUGAAACAUGCACUGCAGCAAAACUACACUUUAUUAACAGCAAGUUGUGUUUUAUUUUCAAAACUCGGACGAGACAGUCUUACUGUGAAGCAAUAUUUUGUCGCAUUAUUCUCCUAUUAAGGCUUUCGAGUUAGCUGCUUCAUUAAAGACGUUACAAAGCCAAACUGUAUUGCCUAGAGCAGGGCUUGUCAAACCUUCCACAGACCACUGGAAAAAUGUUAAAGAGGUUUUGCUGUACCACUUAAUAAAACUUGCUUUGGACGAAUGAAAGCAGAACUGCAGCUUACUUUAACGACGAGUGUCCUAUUUCUGUUUUUCAAAUGAGGAAGGUUGGGUACAAUAUGUCCGGUUUCACCCAUGUGAUGCUUUUGCCCCUCUAGCAUCAAAGUAUUUACAACCCCUGUCUCAACAGUAUUGUGAGAAAACUAAAAUGUGGCCAAAUAUACAUUCGAUUCCCGUUUACAUAGAAUAGUGGUGGCGGGGUCAGAUCAAAGACCACCACCUAUUUUAACUUGGCCCAAUCUUUUCUACUGAUUCUUGAAUGUUGAGAGAAGGCCAGAAUACUGUUGCUUGAGGGCCGUUUCACACUUUUUGUUUGAAGCUAUGAUCCUGUUUUCAGCUGAUUGCAACAGAAACGUAUUAGCCUGCCCAUGUACCAUGCCCCGUGCCCCAACAUUUGUCAAGAAGUAAUGAUAUCUGGAGCUUUUUGAGUGCACUCGACGACGAAUCCAAGUUGGCUUGUGCAUAAAACAGCCCUAAGACAGGAAUGCUAAGCACGCUUCUAAAGAAGCUGUCUUGGUUUCAAUGAACACCUAAGUUUGGAAUUGGCGAUGUUAAUACAAACGAAUGUAUUUCUCCCAUAUUUCCCACCCCAUUUGACACUUGGAACUACGAUACCACUAGAAAUCCCAGGAAAGUGCAAUGUGGAAGCCUUGCUGACUGACGCACGUGCUUGAAACACUGGCAAACUUCUGAUCGUUUUCAAGUCAAGCGCAAUUUACAGAAAAAGUCAUACAGGAAGAGUAAAGGAAGAGACAUGGGGUGGUGAGUUCCAUGCUACCCAGACUCUGUAUGGUAUGCAGAUUCUCUCACUUCUGCUGGGUAUUCCUUGUGGAAAAGACUCAGUGAGAAUUAUUGUUCAAUGAAUUCACCGAGAGACCAAGGCAGAGCACAGAAAGCCACAGUGAUCAUGCUAGCAGUAUAAUCAGUAUCCUGUCCAAGAACUCAACACAUUUAUGCCAUGGGAACAUUUAAAAAUUAUGCGCUAGUAAUGGAUUGCUCCAUUCCCUGCUUAGCGAAAGACAACUUUAGAAAGAUUCCACAGGGAUCUGUUAUCCCCCCUGUGCCUUUUACUGAACAAGCGAGUUUCGCAAAAUCCACAUUGCUCUCCAUUUCUGAACAAAUCUCAGUUUCAUCAAGAGUUCUACAGAAGUCUUGCAUUUGGUCACAUAUUAUUUCCACCUCGUUUGUAAUCUUAUGUAUUUUGUUUGUUUAUCUUCUAUGCAAUUUCAUUUCGGAAACUAACUUAAAGCCAGACAUAUCCUUGUGCAGUUGGUAGUAGUCUUAAUCAGGACUUGAUUCCAGAAUGCACUGCACCUAGGAUUAAAAGUACUGCAUUGCUGAGGAAAAAUGGCACCCAUGAAGCUUCCAAAGGAGAAAUGCAACCCCAACCCUCUGAAAGUGAGCAAAGAUUGCAAAGCAGAUGUGCUUGGCUCACAAUAAGGUUCUAUACUUAGGCAGGAAAAAACCAGCUGCACACAUAUCAGUUAAGGAACACCUGGUUUGCCAGUAGUACAUGAGAAAAGGAUCUAGGGGUCUUGGUGGACCACAGGCUUAAUCUGAGCCAACCAUGUGAAGCAGCAGCAAAAAAGCUAAUGCUAUUCUAGGCUGCAUCAACAGAAGUUGAGUGUCCAGAUCAAGGGAAGUAACAGUACCAUUCUAUUCUGCCUUGGUCAGACCACACCUGGAAUAUUGCAUCUAGUUCUGGGCAACACAAUUUAAGAAGGAUGUUGACAAGCUGGAAGAUGUGCCAAGGAGGGCAACCAAGAUGAUCAAGGGUCUGGAAACCGAGCCUUAUGAGGAACGGUUGGGAGGGUAUGUUUAGCCUGGGAUGAAGAGACUGAGAGGAGAUAAGAUAUUUGAAGAUGGCUCUCGUAAGGGCUGCCACAUAGAAGAUAGAGCGAGUUUGUUUUCUCCUGUCCUGGAAGCAAGGACCUGAACCAAUGGAUUCAAGUUACAAGAAAGGAGAUUCCGACUAAACAUCAGGAAGAGCUUUCUGACAGUCAGAGUUGUUUGACAGUGGAACAGAUUCCCACAAGAGGUGAUGGACUCUCCUUCCUUGGAGGUUGCAUGGCCAUCUGUCAUGUAUGAUUUAACUGAGAUUCCUGCAUCACAUGGGGUUGGACUAGAUGACCCUCGGGGACCCUUCCAACUCAACAAUUCUAUGAUUCGAAGGUAAAAUUACAUAACUUUACAUCACAGUUAAUGUCUGUCCCUUUAGCUUUUAUACCCAAUGCCAAAUAUUGUCCCCAUCACAAUAGUUUGGGAACUCUCCAGAGCAGAUUGGGAGGCAAAUAGGAGGGAGGAGAGAAAUCCGAAGUCUAGUUUCACAAGUGGAUUUCUACUGCUCAAGCAGGCGGUUAACACUGCGUAGCGUAGAACCUAAUAUUAUCAAGGCCCAUCUGCUUUUGUCUUUUACACUGGUUCCAUAGGCAACAGAAUAAUAAAUUCUAGCAUCUUUAGUCCCUUGCUGAAAGUUUUCUGCUUCUGCCCAAAAUAUUCCCUGGUCUCUGGGAUUCAUAAUUUUUCCAAUAUACAAUUGAAUAAUUUUUUAUUUCAUAUAUACAACAAGAUUAUUCAAGGGAAUUACUAUUCAAAACACCAUCUUUUACAUGGAAGAAGCUUUUACAUGCAAGCACUCAAGUGUUACUAUGCAGUCCCUAGAAACUCAUGUAUUCUUGACCACCAUCCCUUUUGUUCGAGGCAUCCAGGAGUCUAACAUUGUUUACACCCACCCACACCAAAAGUAAAAUAGCUGCAUUCAUGAUUCUCUCUCAUCACAUCUCACAAUCUCAACUAGCCUCUCAGACUUCUCCAGUUGUAUAUUGGGCUUGACAAUAAUCAUGUCCAAGGAAACAAGCGACCUUCAUUUCCUUUUAACUGCAAAGUCCAGCCACAGUGGAAGGGAGUGAUUUAUAUUUAACCAGAAAAUGUUAGAGGAGGGAAUUAUGUUCCACAUGUAGGCCAAGAGCCAAAGAAUUACGGGAAUGCCAGGAGAACCGCUGUUUUGUGGAAAAAGCAGUUUGUCCCCCUGACAGUGGACAGACAACAGACACAAUCCCCAUUGUGCACAUGGAAGGCUGCCCCUUGCAUGUAUCUUGUUUCUUAGGAACUUAGCUAUAGCCUUGUAUACUUUUCCUCUACUUAUUAGGCAGAGCAAGGGAGCAGAGUCAAACGAAAGAACUUAUCGUAUCAGAUUCUACAGUACCUUCCUGAUUCUGGGACUGAUGCAACCCAAGGUGCUUCGCUGAUUAAGACGCACUUAGUAAACAUGGCUGUGCACUGGUAGAAAAAGCUAGCAGCACGUUCAUGUUUUCAACACACAGACCUACAUCCCUGGUUUGGCUAAGUGGAAGCAGUGUGUGAUAACUGGAUGAGAAAUGGUGGUUUUUAGGGCUGGGCGAUAUCUGGUUUUCAACAUCGUGAUAUACCCUGAUGUCGUGAUAUAUCACGAUGUCUGAAAUAACACUGAAGAAGGCUGAAAAUGCAACUGGGCUGUGAAGGGAGGGAGGAGCGACCAGGAGGAAUGGAAGGAGGCUGCCCACUUGCUCGGGCAAAGGGACUCUUGCCCACUCCCUCCCUCCCUCUACAACCCAGCCCCGGCCUCAGGACAGGGAGCCGAGAAGGUGCUCCGCCUGCCUGCGCGUUUUGCCUUUGCCCGAGGAAGUGGGGCAGGCGCCUCUUGCCUCCCGGUUUGUCGCAGGAGGAGCGACUAUCCAGGAGGAAAGACGCAGCCUGCCCUGCUUGCUUGGGUGAGGGCAAAUGCGCAGGCGGGUGAGCACGCAAUUUGAGCUGGCGAUACAUCAUGGCUCCUCAGCCACAACCGGCACAGUGAAGGCGGAUGGGAGCGAUGUCUUGCCAGCUCUGAAAGUCCAGAACCGGUGUCGCGAUCUGAACUUCAUACCGGUUUCAGAUGCUGAAUCGAAAUAUCGCCCACCUCUAGUGGUUUUAUAUACUUUGGGUUUCACAAACAAAACACAGGGGAAAGAGAACAGAGCUCAGCCUACACUGACAACAUCAUUGGAGAUGUUUUGGUUUUAAAACUGCCAACUGACGACAUGCCCUGACGCACAGCUACCCUUCCAAAAUAGAUUUUAAGUGCCACACUCACAACACUUAACUGAAAACAAGGUCAAAUCAGUUUGGCACCUGAAUGCCCUUAAAUGCUCAUUUUAAAGACAUCAUCACAGAAUAAUAUACUUUUUUUUUUUUUAGGUACAAAGGCAGCCAAUUAGUAUUGAUUUGUCUUCUCCUCUCUCACUAAUGGCUGAUAGUUUUAGCCAGUUCUGUCAAGGAAAGAAGGUUUUUUUCAUGAGUGUGUCUCUAGAAAAUACUGUUUUAUAAUUUCAUUAUAAGAAAUUGUGGCCACUUACACAUCAAGACAUAAAAGUG